AUGGGCUCGACGCACGAAACGGACCUCGUCCUCGCCCACCCGACGCCGGCCGAGCGCGGCAGGACGUACGCCUCGACGUACGACAGCUGGGGCAGCGCCCUCGAGCUGGAAGACUACGUCCGCCGCGAGGAGUACAUGACCACCGUCCCCGUCACCCGCAACGGCGGCAUCACCCAGUGGAUCCUCACCGACCCGGCCCUCCCGCCCGACGCCCGACCCAUCCUCUCCUCGUGCGAGAGCAUCCGCAAGCCCGUCCUCGUCGCCCGUCCCGAGGGCGGCCCCGUCGUCGAGGCCGUCACCCACUGCGUCGGCUCCGUCUUCACCGACCCCGCCCACCGCGGCAACGGCUACGCCUCCGUCAUGAUGGCCAUGAUGGGCCCCGCCCUCGCCCGCUGGCAGGGCGCCGAGAUGGCCAAGGGCGAGCCCUGGCGCGACAUCCGCGACGGCGAGGUCGCCUGCUCCGUGCUGUACUCGGACAUUGGCAAGACCUUUUACGCCAAGCACGGCUGGCACCCCUACGAGAGCACCCACCUCGACUUCCCGACGACGGGCGCGGGCGCGGGCGCGGGCGAGAAGCCGCCUCGGCGCGAGGCCGCGCCGCUGGGGUACCACGAGCUGGCGGAGCUGUGCGCCGUCGACGAGCGGCGGCUCCGCGCCCGGCUGGCCCGCCCGAGCGCCAGCAACAAGACGCGCGUGUCGCUGGUGCCGGACCUCGACGCCAUGCUGUGGCACCUCAUGCGCGAGGACUACAUGACGAAGCACAUCUUCGGCAAGACCCCCACCGUGCGCGGCGGCGUCGUCGGCGACCGGCCCGGCGCCCGCGUCUGGGCCGUCUGGACCCGCGGCUACUACGGCGGGCUCAAGCGGCCCGACAAGGGCAACACGAUGCACAUCCUGCGCCUGGCCGUCGAGCAGGAGGAGGAGGACGGAGACGACGACGCCGCCGCCGCCGCCGCCGCCGGCUCCGGUCCCGGCCCCGGUCCCGACGACGCCUUCGUCCAGGACGCCGUCGAGGCCCUGCUGCGCCUCGCCCGCGCCGAGGCCGCCGAGUGGCGCGUCAACAACGUCGAGCUGUGGAACCCCGACCCGCGCGUCCGCGCCCUCGUCGAGAGGGCCGGCAUCUCGCACGAGUUCGUCGAGCGCGAGACGCACAGCAUCGCGAGCCUCAUGUGGUACGGCGAGGGCGAGGUCGAGUGGGUGCUCAACGAGAAGUUUGGCUGGUGCUGA